CGCGCGCCCGUGGGUACAGGCUAGUUGAUUAGCCGCGGUUUAACCUGAACUAGUUACAGAAAGUCGAAUUAAACCGGCGGGGACAUGGAGAAAUGUGGCGUUAUUGAUUUCUCCGCGCUGCAGAGGGAGCUGAGCCGCGCCGUGGAGGCGGAUAGAAAGUACCGGAGAGAGAACGAGGCGAAGUUCCGCGCGAUUCAGCAGAAAGUCGCCUCGUAUGAGGAGUUCCGUGACAUCGUACAAGCAUCUCACCUGAAGCCUUUAGAUAAAAAAGACAAAAACGCACCACGGAAACAACCCUGGAACCCGAUCAGUACCGAAAACAAGGAAGUGAACCACACCGGCACCGACUCACUGCAGUGUGUGCUGUGUGAAUCACAGCCUCGCAGCGCAUCAGAGUUCAUUCGAGCCUGGCGCAGGUUUAAGGGCAGCUCGGUGGAGAAGUACGCUCUCCUGCUCAGGCUGGGUGGAGAGAACCUGAGGGAGAUGUUUCACACUGAGGUGGGCUUCGGGCUCCUGGGCGAGUUCCUGACGGUCCUCUGUGAGUGUUUCAGGCCCGGGGACGAGGAGGCCGUGAUCAGAGUGCUGCAGGGGCUUUCACUGACAGGCCGCUUCAGUCUCGGCGUGUCUCUGCUGAGUGGAGAGGAGAGAAGAGCAUGUGAGCGUCUCUUCUCCAACUUGCUGGAGACUAAUCUUCACCUCGGUGAUGUUCCUGAGAGUGAGAAGGAACAAUCUGCAGUGUGUGAGACACAGACUGAGCAGGAUGAUGGGACUGGGGAGACGGGGAGGGUCAUGGCAUUGAUGGCAAUGUAUGGAAUUGGUGACAAUGCAAAAUAUACAUCCAGUUCACUGUGAGGGGAAAAAGUCUGAAUUAAGAGAAAAUAAAAUAAAAUAAAAA